CAAAGGCACGCUUAGCGUAGGGGUGCCGGCCGGCAGGCCGCCGGCCCGGCCCGCCACUGCGCUACCGGCGCCCGCCCCGCUCGGUCGUACGCGUACGCAUCGUCGAGUCAGCUCGUUGGCUUGCGGUGAACUCGCGGCGAUCCGGUCGGUCGAUGGUGACUAGUGCGACUCGCGAGUGGUGGAGCAAGUAGUGAAAUGCCUGUGCAUCCUGAGUCGGUCCCUGGUGUUUUGUGUCCGACGUCCCUGUUGUUUUCAUCUGUGACUCCAACCUCUGUUGUUAUAAACAUUGCGCGCGCUUCGCACUUGGCUGCUGUCAGUGACAUAACUGCGAGUUCCCCAGCGGCUCGCCCUGAUUUUGGAUUUUCACUUGUGCCCAAGUGUUUGUGUGAUAUUGUGGACUUCGAUAUUCCUGGAAGUGUUUCUCGAAGAGACAAUUUACUGGAUUAACUCCCUGGAUUAUCACCAUUAGUGAUCUACGCCCUUGGAUUAUUUCAUCAAAUUUAAUGAGUAUCGAGACCACCAUGCCACCCCAGUUCGAGCACCCUUGGGGCAACCCCACGGGCCAAAUUUGCAUGCCCGAGGAGUCCUCGCUCGAUCUGUUCAACAACAUUUUCGACGAGCUCAACAUGAGCUUCGACAUGAAGCUGGACGACACCCCUCUCUUCGAGGGGUUCCUGCCGGAACUGGACAGCAACCUGGACCUCCUUGGCGAGGGCCCUGGGCUGCUCCAGGUCCGCCACGACUGCAUGUGGGCCGGGUCCUGCGUCGACGACAAGGAGCGCCCCAACCCCCUCGAGAGGGUCCAGGAGAGCCCGGUGAAGAGCGGGCCUGCCCUGCAGACCUGCUCCCCUGCCACCCUGCAGACCCCCACCAAGGACGCCGAAGUAGUGCAUUCACAUACCCCCACCAGUGUGCAACUCUCAAGUAGACAAUCCGCUGUCAAAUCCAACACGCGUAGCAUACUUAGGACUAACCAUCGGGCGAGUGCGGCCACCGUGGUAGGUAGUGAACGGACAGCUGCGUCUCAGGACGAAAGUGACGACUCCGGUCGGCCCGACACUCCCCAGAGUAUGUCUAGUGAUAACGAGGAGUCGGCUGACUUCAAACCCGACGUCGACGCCCUCGCCCAGUCACUCUGCAAAGAGGAAAUCCUCGACGACGAGGAGGUGGAUGAGGACGACGAGGAGACCGAUGUAGAGGAGGAGGAGGAGGAAGAUGAUGAAGACGAUGAUGAAGAUGACGAUGAUGACCUGACCGCCGACAAUGACACUUCCCUGGUGGACGAAGACGCACCCACCGCGUGCGUGUCGGUAUCGAAAGUUACCGGGCAGACUGUGCGGACGUCCCUGUACCAGCAACACCAUGAGCGCACCUCCCGGUUCGACUCCCGGCCGCAGCAGACCGUGUCCAACCACUUCUUCAACGACCAUAGCUACCACCUGAGCAAGACGGACCACCCCUCCAUACCCGGCAACCUCACACCUUCAGAUUCUG